AUGUCGCUGGUAGUCAAACGUGUGACUUGGGUGGGCCUGCUGUUAACUCGCCUGAGUCGCUUGGAAACAAUUCUGCUGGCGUAUGAUCAUGAUGAACUACUGCAAGACAUCCUGGAAAAGGCAGUCAUGCGCCAGCGACGUUUUCACAACACUCCCCCGUUUCCCUGUCUACAAAAAAUUCAGAUUAGCUCCCUCACUGCGUGCAAACCGGUAGCUACAGACUUUGUAUUGCCGUUUUUCUAUUUUCCAGCUGUUCGCGAAGUGCUCGCAUACAACAUUCAAGAACGGCCUUUAGACCAAAGCCAAAGGUCUUUGGAUCAACUUACACUAGGCAGCCCUACGUGCCAAGUUACUUCAGCCGGUGUUAUGAUGGGGGCUUUUGAUCCUACAGGCAUGGCCAAAUGGGUUCAAAUGUGCCCUAAACUCGAGCAUUUCCAUGCUGUACUUGAUUAUUCUCCUGAUUUGCAUGAUGGGAACUGCAAUACAAACGCCUUCCGCCAGGCGCUUCUUCGAGUCAAAGAGACCUUGAAGUCUCUUCGCCUGGGCUUUGUGCGGACGGCUUCAAACGGAUUUGAUUAUCAAAGUCCAUCAAUAGUGCAAUGCGACCUGUAUGGUCUACUCGGAUCCUUGCAGGAGUUUAGGGUACUCCAACAGCUUUCUAUUCCGCACGCUAGCCUCGUGGGACUCAAGAUUAACAAUUCAGGAUCAUUCACAGGUCAACUUCCUUGCUCACUAGAGGUGCUAGAAAUUACAGGCGUUGUUGUGGAGGGCUUUUUUACGUUUAUCGUGUCUGGCCUUGCGGAGCUGGUUAAAUAUCGCGAUUAUUUCGUACCUCAACUUCGACUACUUGUGCUUAAGCCGAGUCUAAUGGUGAGAUCACUACCAGAUACGGCUUUUUUGAGGUUGGUAUGUGAGGCCGCUGGGGUCAUGUUGGAAAUUCAAGAUCUAGACUUCUGA